CGUUUCGCGGCACCAGUCACGUACCCAACUCUCGGGUACGGUAGAUCCUCGGCCGAAGACCAGCAUCAAGAUAAAGUCAGUGGGAGCUGUGCCCCAGGAUGCGCAGGAACGGGUGGUGCCGUUAGUGGUCGAUAACAACUCGUUGGAAGGACCAGCGAGCGGCGAGGAAGGGGGCCAGGGAAACGGCCCCCCGAAGGGCCCGCUGGAUGGUCUAGCCUGGGAGCAGCCAUCGACGAGACCCAGCCGGCGAGAGGGCGAAGAGAUCGAGACGCAGGGCCCCGUUUCUAGCCCAGGUCUGGCCGCGGUGGAUCGCACCGGGCUGGGAUCCGUCGGCGAGCGCGUACGACUCGAUGAGAAGACCGUGUUCAAGUCGAGCGUCAUAGUGUCGACCAACCACGACGUCUUGGUUCAUUGCAAGCGGGGGGGACCCACCGGCGCAGCCUUGGAGCUACAAUCGGUCGGCGACGACGCGCGCUCGAAGCGUUCGAGAAAGACGAACGUGCCCGACGACGUCGACGACGACGACGACGAGCAACCGGUGAGAAGGACCUGCGCGGCGCACCGGCACAGAGUGUCCUGUCACGUGGCGACGCGGGCUCACGCGGAACCACCCUGUCGGAGGAAUCGGCCCUGCCGCGUUCACGACCGCCGUCCGAGAGGGAAGCCGAGAACGGAACAGCGGCAACCGCGAUCCUACGAUCUCGAGAACGCCAUCGUUCGGCUGGAGCAGGACCCGAUACUCCGACCGGUGCGUAUUCUCGGCUGCCCUCCCGUCGAAGGCCAGGAGAUAUCCACCUUCUUGGAACCGGCCGGACCCAGUUACACGGGCAUCGGUCGAUUCGCCGCCGGUGAGCCGCACUGCUUCGCUCUGCACAAUCCGGACAAUAUUCUGCCGAAAAGUCGCGCCGGCAGCUUCGCCAGACUGUUGGACGGGCCGAAUCGCGCUGUGAAGGAUAUCAAUCGCAAGGUACUGGCAAUGGCGCGCGCCAUGACGCCGGCCUGGUCGCUGCGGCUGCUCGGCGUCAGCUGCGGCUCCGUAGUCUGCGCCUGGGGACUUUUGCUCAUACUGUCCGUGCUCGGUGGCGGUGCCUCGCAUGGCACCGGGAUCGGUAGCUUCGGUCUUGGCAGUAUGUCAGGUACGAUGGACGAUUUGAACGGCGUCAGGUGUCCCUGGGCGUGCACGUGCGGCGGACAGGAGAUCGACUGUUCUCAUCGCGGACUCACGCAAAUUCCUGGCGACCUGGCGAGUCUGCUCAUCGCGGAAAAACUAGAUCUUCAAGGAAAUAAUAUAUCGGUGAUAUUCAAGACGGAUUUCGAAGAUAUGGCGACGCUCCACGUUUUGUUGCUAUCCAACAAUCAAAUUCACACCAUCGAGAGGGGGGCGUUUCAAGAUUUGGUGGCAGUGGAGAAGCUACGUCUAAAUAACAAUCAGAUACGCCAUCUACCCGAUCUACUCUUCAGCAAUAUGAUGAAUCUGAAACGCCUAGACCUCAGUCACAAUCAGAUCGCCACUAUAGGACCGAAGACUCUCAGAGGAGUGUCCGCUCUCAGACAUUUAUUGCUCGACAACAACGUAUUGACCUGUAUAGACGAAGCUUCGAUACGAGAACUCAAAGAUUUAGAAAUAUUAAUGCUCAACAACAACAGACUCGUGACUCUCGGCAAAGAGACGCUGAGCGGCUUGUCGCAUUUGCGAACUUUGAAGCUUACGGAUAACGCACUCGCUUGCGAUUGCCAUUUAGCAUGGUUAUCGCGUCAUUUGAGAACUUAUCCUCGCCUGGGGCAACACACGCGGUGCGCAUCUCCGGUUCAUCUCAAGGAUCGUAAUCUCGUGGAUUUGCAGGAGCACGAGUUCAAGUGUUCGGGCCUGGUCGAGCGAACGGGAUCGGAAUGCAGCGCUGAGCCCCAGUGCCCGCAUCCUUGUAAAUGCGCCGAUGGGAUCGUUGAUUGCAGGGAGAACUCCUUGACGAAAGUGCCAACCCACCUUCCCGAGGACACCACUGAGCUGCGUUUGGAACAGAACGGCAUCACGGAAAUUCCACCCAAGGCCUUCUCGCCGUACAGAAAAUUGCGAAGAAUUGACUUGAGCAAUAACCAGAUUAAAAAAGUGGCGGCGGACGCUUUCCAUGGACUGAAGUCUCUCGAAUCCAUAGUCCUAUACGGCAACAAAAUCACAGAGUUACCGGCUGGGCUUUUCCAAGGACUGACGAAUUUGCAGUUGUUAUUGCUGAAUGCCAAUGAGAUAUCGUGCAUACGAACAGACCUGUUCAAAGACUUGACCAGCCUCACCUUGUUGUCCCUCUACGACAACAACAUACGUUCGUUAGCUAAUGGGACUUUUGCCAACCUGCGAAGCAUUAAAACGCUACACUUGGCGAGAAAUCCGUUCAUCUGUGACUGCAAUCUGCGCUGGUUGAGCGCGUAUCUUCACGCGCACCCUAUAGAGACAUCCGGCGCUAAAUGCGAAAUGCCAAAGAGAGCGCAGAAGCGAAAGAUCGAUUCGAUGCGGGACGACAAGUUCAAAUGUAAGGGUGACGAGGAACUGUUGACGAAAAGGGCCGGUGAGUGCAUUCUGCCUGGCGCUUGUCCCGCGCCGUGCACGUGCAACGGUGCGACAGUCGACUGCUCCGGCAAGAGAUUAACUUCGAUACCAAAAGACUUGCCGCUCUACACGUCAACUUUAUUGUUGAGCAACAAUGAACUGGACAAGAUCAAGGCGGACGGCUUGUUCGAGAAGCUGCCCGAGCUGCAGCAUCUGGACUUGAGGAAAAAUAAAAUAUCUCGCAUCGAGGCGUCCGCUUUUCAAGGGGCUCACAAUCUCACCGACCUGCUUUUGUCCGAGAAUAGGCUGCGAGAAGUGCACAACAAGAUGUUCUCCGGUUUAUCGAGCCUUAAAACGCUGAAUCUCCACGGUAACGCUAUUACGUGCGUUAUGCCGGGAUCGUUUGACGGGAUGGCGCACAUACGUACCAUCAACAUGCAAGGUAACCCGCUGUCGUGCAACUGUUAUCUCGCAUGGUUCGCGGGAUGGCUCAGAAAACGAGAUAUGGCUGGCGUCACUGGACGUUGUCACGAUCCGCCGCGAUUGAAAGACGCCGUCAUCAAGGACAUUCCGCAUCACGAGUUCAAGUGCAACAACGACAGUGUGGGUUGCCUAGGCGACGAUUACUGUCCGCCUCGAUGUAAUUGCGCGGGUUCGGUGGUGAGAUGUUCGAGGUCUCAGCUUACAGAGAUUCCACGCGGGAUUCCACCGGAAACCACCGAGCUGUAUUUGGAUGUGAACGACAUCAAGACGAUCCAGCCGGAGAGGCUGAACCACCUGAGGAUUCUCACCAGACUGGACCUGAGCAACAACCAGAUCGGAAUGCUGUCCAACGAUACCUUCAGGAAUCUCACGAAGCUGUCGCACCUAAUCAUCAGUUACAACAAGCUGCAGUGCGUGCAGCGAAAUGCCCUCGCGGGAUUGAAGAACCUGCGGAUAAUUUCACUGCACGGCAACGACAUAUCGGUGAUUCCAGAGGGAGCGUUCGAGGACCUCAAGUCUAUAACGCAUCUCGCCCUGGGGUCCAACCCGCUUUACUGUGACUGCAGCAUGCGGUGGUUGGCAGAAUGGGUGAAGAAAGAUUACGUGGAGCCUGGCAUAGCCAGGUGCAUGGAACCUCCUGUGAUGAGAGACAAAUUACUUCUGACGACGCCGGCUAGUGCCUUCCAAUGCAAAACCAAGCAACAGCCAGCCGAAGUCUUGGCCAAGUGCGACCUGUGUUACACCUCGCCAUGCCAAAACGGAGGAUUUUGCGAGGCGCUUCCGGAACGGCAAUUCCGUUGCAAGUGCGCGCCAGGAUAUCAUGGGGACCGGUGUCAGCAUAAAAUUGACGCGUGCUAUGGAAAUCCUUGCAGGAACUCCGGAACUUGUAAAGUACUGGAAGAAGGGAGAUUCAGUUGCGACUGCGCCCCCGGCUACAAGGGACUUCGAUGCGAGAGCAACGUCGACGAUUGUGCCAACAACAGGUGCGCCAACAACGCAACCUGCGUCGACCUCGUCCAGGCCUAUCGAUGCGACUGCGCCCCAGGAUUCAUGGGAGAAUACUGCGAGGAAAAGAUACCCUUUUGUACAAAGGGGCACGACCCCUGCGAGAACGGGGGUCGAUGCGUCGACCACAAGACCCACUACAGCUGCGAAUGCCCGAUCGGCUUCACCGGUCUCAAUUGUUCCACAAACUUGGAUGAUUGCGUCGAUCAUAUGUGCCAGAACGGUGCUACUUGCAUCGACGGCAUAAACAAUUACGAGUGUAAGUGCGCGGCGGAAUUUACGGGAAGGUACUGUGAGGCUGCGCCCUCGACAGCUAUGUUGUAUCCGCAGACCAGUCCGUGUGCCCACCACGACUGUCAGCACGGUGCUUGCUUCCAGCCCGCUCCCGCCUCCGCCGCGGACUAUCUUUGCCAGUGCCAUCCCGGCUAUACCGGAAAACGAUGCGAGUACCUGACGAGUCUGAGCUUCGUGGACAACAGCUCGCUGGUCGAGCUGGAACCGCUACGCACGAGGCCCGAGGCGAACGUGACCAUCGUAUUCACGACCACGCAGGAAAACGGGGUUCUUCUCUACGACGGGCAAACCGACGGGCACAUCGCCGUUGAGCUCUUUAAUGGGCGGAUCAGGGUUUCGUACGACGUAGGCAAUUAUCCUACCUCGACGAUGUAUAGCUACGAGAUGGUGGCCGAUGGCAAGCCUCACAUGGCGGAGCUGCUGGCCAUCAAGAAAAAUUUUACAAUGAGGGUCGACCGGGGCCUCGCCAGGAGCAUCAUCAACGAUGGUCCGAAGGAGUACCUCAAGCUUGUCACGCCGAUGUUUGUCGGUGGCGUAACGCCAGAAGUCGCGAAAGUCGCAUUCACCGAGUUUCACCUGAGGAACAUUACGAGCUUCCAAGGCUGCAUCUCCGAGAUGUGGAUCAAUCAUAAGUUGGUAGACUUCAGUAACGCCGCAAAGAUGCAUCGCGUUACUCCCGGAUGUACUUCCAGCGAGGAGGAGGAGGCCGACGAGGCGAGAGAUAUUGUUGAAGCCGAGGGAAUUAACAACAGUGGCAGCAACGAGGAGACCAUGCCGCAGCAAGAGCACGUACCUCGCGAACAUUCCGAUGUCAUCGCAUCGGUGACUGGACUGGUGUCUUCACACGCCUGUAUCGGUCAUGAAUGCAGAAAAGGUUCCCAAUGUGUACCAUCAUCGUUUGGUAACAGCUAUUCUUGCCGGUGUCAAACUGGUUGGCAGGGACGAUACUGCGAGAAACCAGCAACCUGUCGCAAGGAGCACAUUAGGGAGUACUACAGCGAGAAUGGAUGCCGAAGUAGACGACCCGUAAAGCUCGCUAAAUGUUGGGGAAGUUGCGGCAGUUCCUGCUGUUUACCGCGAAAGACUAAGCGGCGCAAGGUCCGAUUAAUUUGCACGGACGGCAUGCGGUACACCAAGGACGUUGACCUGGUGCGUAAGUGCGCGUGCACUCGCAAGUGUUACUAGCCAGUCGACGCAUUGCGGCCCCGUCGACACGCGUCGAAAACGAGAAGAAACCCCCGCACCCUCGCUCCACGUGCAUCCACGUGUCCUCGAAGAUGACGAAUGGGAACGCCAAUCGGAUGGAGGAGAGAAGCUGCUGGUAGAUGCGGCAUUCCUGUGGUAAUAUUCGCAAGACACGUGGACACGUCAAGAAAGUGCGUGGUGCAGGCCAAAACUAGAUGGACACACACAUAGCCGGCUCAGUGUGAUAUGUAUUAUUAAUGAGAGAAAGGGAGAGAAAGAGAGAACGCGAGAAUGAUAGAGCGAGAGAGAGAGAAUUUAAGAGUACAUCUUAUAGCUCUACGGACUAUCGAUAUUCGAAGCAGUUAAACGUAUACUAAGUAUUAUUCGUAUAUAAUGACCGAUAUAGGAUAUAUAGUGACGUGGAAACGAGAGAGAGAGAGAGAGGGGGGGGAGGGGUAAAAAAAAGAAGGGUAGCGCGCGCGGACGUUUGCGAUCGCAGACCGCGAGCGCUCGCGCCUUCGUAACGGUUACGCACGAAUGCGUACGAUUACGCUGUUGAUUUAGUGCGGACCUAACUGGUCCUAAUCGCGGCUGCGUGCAAAUAGGCUUCCGUAAAUCUUCUUAUAGAGAGACAAAAUUCUUAAAGCGGGCCACCUAAAAAUCGAUGAUUGAAAUAUUAAAAAAUAAUGUACGUACCUCGAUAGUACUUUUAAAAAUAAAAGACAC